AUGUUUGGAUCUGGAGGCUCGGAGGUGAGAACUCCAAUUUUCUCCGGUGAGAACUACGAGUUCUGGAGGAUUAAGAUGGUAACAAUCUUCAAAUCUCUUGGGUUAUGGAAUUUGGUAGAAAAGGGGAUCCCAACCCCUGAUUCGAAAAAGAAGAAGAAAGCUGAAGAGUCAUCGGAAGAAGAAGCUGAUGCAGAGAUGAUCGUCGUGCUCAUGAAGGACGCGAAGGCUCUGGGAAUUAUACAAAACGCAGUCUCUGACCAGAUCUUUCCUUGGAUUGCCAACGCUGAUUCAGCCAAAAUGGCGUGGAAUCUGCUCUACAGUGAGUAUCACGGUGGUGACCAGGUCAGGUCAGUAAAACUCCAGAUUCUCAGACGAGAAUUUGAAUACAUGAGAAUGCGUGAGAAUGAACCUCUAACUGCAUAUCUCACUCGUUUGAAUGAAUUGAUAAAUCAAAUGAAAAUAUUUGGAGAAGUGCUAUCUAAUGAGAGGCUAGUUCAGAAAGUGUUAAUCAGCCUUAGUAAAGUGUAUGACCCUAUCUGCUUGGUGAUUGAAAAUUCAAAGAGCUUGGAGACUAUUGAAUUGCAGGAGGUAAUUGCAAUAUUGAAGAGCCAAGAGAAACGUUUUGAGUUGCAUAACGUGGACUCAGCUGAGAAGGCAUUUGCCUCCUUCUUAGUAAAUGCAAAAAUUCAGAACAAUAACAGUACUCAAACUGGUCCUGCUAAGUCUCAGAAACAUUGGCAGUCUAAAAACAAGCCAUGGGAUUCUAGAUCUAAGCCACAACAGGCUGGUGCUCCACAGAGCUCAAAUGGGUCAAAAUUCUUGCAUCAAGAAGGAGUGAAACCUCAAUGCAAAGUAUGCUAUAAGUUCCAUUUUCGAGAAUGUGGAUAUAAGGGACAACCUAAGUGCUACAAGUGUGCAAGAUUUGGGCAUUGGGCUAGGGAGUGCACUGCAAACAAAGGUGUGCAGAAAGCCAAUAAUGCAAGUCAAAUGGAAGUAUGA